UAAACCAACACAAACAAAAGAAAAGGAAGAAGGCAAAGAAACUGAGAGGCAAAAAAAAAGUGGCGUUAGCAGAGGCAUCGAUUUGCCUCGGGCUUUAUGGCGGUCACGGCUAAGGGUUACCUGCUGUCUCGCUUCAGUUCCAAAGACCUCUCACUCCUCAGACCUCUCCAAUCCCCUCAACAAACCUCUCUCUUCUCCUGCCAUCUCCUACUCAUACGCCCUUUACUUCCCUCCAUCACCCUAUCAACCACAACCACCACCAAUUUCUCAAAUUGUAAGAAUCGCUCCACCUCUCCUGCCGUUCUCAGUUGCCUUGUAUCGGGUGUCGACGGUGGUGGUGUUGCGGACGACUUCGUAUCCACCAGAAAAGCUGGAUUCGAUCGAGAAUUCUCUGUUAUCGCCUCUAUGCUUAAACGCAUCGAACCCCUCGAUACCUCCGUCAUCUCUAAGGGCAUCUCUGCAGCAGCCAGGGAUUCCAUGAAGCGCACCAUCUCCACGAUGCUUGGUUUGCUUCCUUCCGAUCAGUUCAAUGUUACCAUCAGUGUUUCUAGGCGUCCUCUCGAUCGCCUCCUUGUCUCAUCCAUCAUUACCGGGUAUACUCUGUGGAAUGCGGAGUAUAGGGUUUCUUUGAUGAGGAGCUUCGACAUCUCUCCCGAGAGUUCAGGAGCUUCGGUUUCCUCUCAUGGCUGUGGCCUUACAGAGAAGGAGUAUCAGAACAGGGAAGGUAGGGAUGUUGAGGUUGAUGUGGAUACCUGCAGCGAAUUUGGGAUGGACAGAAGCGUUCCCCUUGGUUUGGGGGACUUGUCGCCCGAGGCUUUGAAUUACAUUGCAGGGCUAAAAUCCGAGUUGGCUUCAAUUGAGAAGGAAUUGAAUGCUCAGAAGCAGGAAAAUUUGCACUUAGAAUAUGAUGGGGAAGGGAAUAAUGAUUUGUUAGAGUACCUGCGAACUUUGGAACCAAAUAUGGUGACUGAACUAUCUCGUCCAUCAUCUUCAGAGGUUGGGGAAGUUAUUCAUGAACUUGUUCAAAACAUACUGCAAAAUUUGUUUAAAGAUGAUACCUCCUCCGGUUUCCUGGAAGAUUCAGUCAGAGGGAAAACAGAGAACUUAUCAGAUGGUGAUAUUGAGCUUUGCAAUACCAUAGGAACUUCUCGGGAUUACCUUGCUAAGCUGCUAUUCUGGUGCAUGCUAUUAGGUCAUCAUUUAAGAGGCUUGGAGAACAGAUUGCAUUUGAGCUGUGCUGUCGGACUGUUGUAGAGAUGAAAAAGUAAAGUAGAAGAGGAUGAACGGCACCCCCAUCUGGGAAACCAUUUUGGUGAGACCACUCAGCCUAACUCUUUAGGACCCUAAUCGACGAAUUUCUCUCUUGAUUCAAGAGUUUUAUUACUCAUCUGAAGAGGCACUGGUGUGUUAACAUGGAUCAUGCCUGCUAGUGUGGAUCGGCCCUUGUGGUGAAGUUUGGUUGUGUUUUUUUUAUUAUUUCAUUAAUCAAAAUAAAACAUAGACAACUCAUCACAGGAGGGGCAUCAAUGAUAUUUGCAUGUGGCACUUCUAUACAUAAACCUGGCAGAGCUAUCCUGUAAUAUGUGGUUUUGAUUGUUUUAAUAUUCUCAGUAUGGUUGUCAUGCCUAUAGCUUCGCAGCUUUUGCUUUCGAGUUCGCUAUGGAGUUCUUUCGGUUUGAUAGUA